GGCCUUUCCUCCCGGGGGAACCUGCUGAGGGCGGCCCCGAGCUCCUUCCUGUCCCUCCCACCGCGGUCCGGGCUCGGCGGCCGCUCGGCGCGGGGUCCCGGGCGCGGCUCCGGCGACUCUCGGCCGCUCCCACCCCGGCGAGUUCAAAAGGACGCGCGGCGCCCGGCCCUGCCCGCCCGUCGGACUGGAAAGGUGAGCGCGCUGCGCGGAAGCCCGGAGCCCGCACUCGGCCGCCGCGCGCCUGCGACCUGACCCGCACGGGUACUGCGCGGCUGCAGGGACACUCGACGGCCAGGGCGCGGGCCCGGGGCACGCGGGAUCCCCGGGGAGCGGGGCGCACCCAGCGGACGGCUCGGCGGGGCUCCUGGCCCUGGAAGCCCAGAUCUGACCCUACGAAAUAGCCUGCCCUCAGCAACGAUGAACAACCUACCGGCCACACCUUCUCCUGAAGAAUUGAUGACCACGCCGGUUUUUCAGGCCCCUGAGACCCUGUCCCCACAAGCUGAAGAGGCCAGCACAGCGCUCAUUGCAGUUGUUAUCACCGUGGUGUUCCUCACCCUGCUCUCGGUGGUGACCUUGAUCUUCUUUCACUUGUACAAGAACAAAGGCAGCUACGUCACCUAUGAGCCUGCAGAAGGGGAGCCCAGCGCCAUCCUCCAGAUGGAGACUGACUCAGCCAAGGGCAGAGAGAAGGAAGAGUACUUCAUCUAAUGCUUCCCAGGCUGGAGGGGCCAAUUCUUGGCUCCAACACUAAGCCGCUGCCUCUGUAGUUAGGGAACGUUUGCUCUAAAGCCAGGGAGUGGCGUUGGGUGAUACUGGCACAUCCACUCACCUCCCAGGACACAGCCCCCAAUACCGGAAUCACUGACUCCAGGGUCCAGAGACACGGAGAAAGCUGUUCAUGAUGCUGGGCCUUGAUAAGGACAGUGCUCGAAACCGACCACCAAAGAGGGGCCAUGCCUGAGUUGGAAGUGAGGUCACAUGCUGGUCCACUUUGUCCCCUCCCUAGUUGACGACCAAUAGCCCCAGUCAGUGCUAUCCAGUCUUUCUGGAGGCAGGACACCACAGGGAGGGGUCAGACCAGGGAGGGGAUAGGAGUCUGAGAAUGUUACUGCCUUUGUUUGAUCUGAGCCCCACUGUUCCCCAAUCAGCCUCAAACUUCUACUGUUUUUAUCCUAAUUAAACUUAUGAAAAUCAGAUUUUCAUUUUCAAGAACUAAA